AUGGGCUCCGAUCUAACAAUGCAGUCACGGAAAAGGUACGUCGCGCUUGUGAUUCUAUUUUUCUUUGUAAAUCAUGGAACUUCUUCAGUGACUCAUUAUUCUAUACCAGAGGAGAUGAAAGAAGGAUCAGUCGUUGCCAACCUUGCCAGCGAUCUAAGCUUGGAUGUCAAAACACUGAGUCAGAGGAAGAUGCGUCUUGACCUCAUCGCCAAUAAAAAACAUGUGGAUGUGAACAAAGAGACUGGUGAACUCUAUGUUGUGGAGAAGAUUGAUAGGGAAUACAUCUGCAACACAAAAUCCUCUUGCUAUCUGAAAAUGGAAGUUAUACUUGAAAAUCCUUUGCGAAUAUUUAAUAUAGAAGUAGAAAUUUUGGAUAUAAAUGACAACGCCCCACAUUUCCGAAGAGACGCCAUACAUUUGGAUAUAUCUGAAGCAACGCCUGCUGGGGAAAGAUUCUCAUUGAGCAAUGCCGUUGAUCCUGAUGUUGGAAGCAAUUCAGUAAAAACGUACCAUCUGAGUGAAAGUGAACAUUUUACAAUUGAAGUUCAGACUGGAAGAGAUGGGUCUAAAUUUGCCGAUUUGAUAUUGAAAAAGGCUUUAGAUCGGGAGCAGCAGGCUGUUCAUAAUUUAAUAUUAACAGCUGUAGAUGGAGGCACGCCUGCUCGCUCUGGCACUGCGAGUGUAAUUGUUCAUGUUUUAGACACAAACGAUAAUGCACCCACAUUCGACAAACCAAUGUACAAUGUUCAAAUAACAGAAAAUUCUCCUAUUGGAAGCGUUGUAAUUCAUCUCAAUGCAACCGAUUUAGAUGAGGGAUCAAAUUCUGAUGUAACGUACUCAUACAGUUUAUAUACGUCAGAGAAAACACAAGAAACAUUUCAUCUAAAUCCUUCCACUGGUGAAAUUACUGUUAAAGGAAUGUUA